AUUAAUAAUUAUUAUUCUUCCACUAAAAAAGUAAAAAUUAAUAGUGUUUSAAUUUAAUCACCAUCCAAGAUUCCAAUUUUGUAGUCGUUUUUGUACUUUAGUAUAUGUAAAUAAGCAAUAAAUUUCCAUUUCUAGUCCAAUUCAAUUUAUUUAACAUAUUACAAAAUAUUUAAUUUUCUCUUUCGCUUACAUCAUUUAUCUAAAAUGACAGAAAACAAAGAAUCUAAAGAAACAAAAUUUAAAGAAUUGGUAUCCUACAGUGAACCGGCUCUUCGCAAUAACUCUUCAGUCGUUGAAUACUGUCGUACUUCAAUGUCUGCUUUAUCUGGGUGUACUGCUGGCAUUCUCGGAUUGACUGGAUUAUCUGGAUUCAUAUUCUACAUAUUUUCUGUUUUAGCGUUAUGGGGUUUGUUGUUGUUCAAAGCAGGAAAUUUGUGGCAAAAAUAUUUCCUCAACAGACACAGUCUAUUAACAGGAGGUUUUUUCAGUGGACUUUUUACAUAUGUAUUAUUUUGGACAUUUUUGUAUGGUAUGGUACAUGUCUAUUAAUUUUAUGUUAACGUUUUUUUUUUGUUUUUUUUUUAAGUGUGAAAUAAAUUGUAAA